UUUAAAAGGAAAUGAAUCUGCGAUCUUUUCAAAUUUUACAAGUGGACACUAUGCUUACAAUAUAUUUUUCAGGAACAUUACAUCGUUUGUUUAUAGAUGUAACCUUUUCAUCCAUGCAGCGAUGAGAUUGCUCACACGAAGAAUUCGCUGUAAACUUGGCAGCGCCAAUUUAAGUUCUAAAAGUACACAAAUUAUUAUACCGCAAGCAACAUUUCUUACAUAAAUAUUUGUCGCGUGAACAGCUGAUAGCAUAAAACCGGGCGAAAUUAUUAUGACAAAUUGACAGUAAUUUAUUGUUUUUUUUUAUUGAACGAAUUGAAGAAUCGUUUACGAAAAUGAGAGCAUUGAGGAUCAACAAAUCGUUUGAUCAUAUUGUCAAGCAAUUUUUUCGAUACAAUUCAACAGAAUCAGUGAAACAGCUUGAUGAUGCGAUUAAAGCAAAAAGAUCAACAGUGGACCAAGCGGAUGUCAAGCACCAUGCAAAGCAUAGCGAUCAAUGGUGGAAUCUUGAAGGAGAAUUACGAGCUUUGCACGCUUUGAAUCCUCUUAGAGUACAAUUUGUAAGGGACGGUUUAGCCAAUGCUGGUUGGAAAGAGAACAGUCCAUCACGCCCCUUAGAGGGAGUCAAAAUUUUGGACGCAGGUUGCGGUGGAGGCAUUUUGGCCGAACCACUAGCAAGAAUAGGAGCCAAUGUCACUGGCAUUGAUGCUUCCGAUGAAUUGAUAUCCGUUGCCAAAGAGCACGUCAGCUUAGAUCCAAGUUUGUGCAAAAAAUUGAUUUACGUUCAUGGCACUGUGGAAGAACUUGCUAACAAUGAACCUCAGACCUACGAUGCUGUUGUUGCUUCUGAAAUUUUGGAACACGUCGCUGAUAAGGAACUUUUUUUGAAGUCUUGCGUUGAUAUUUUGAAACCGGGUGGCUCAAUAUUCGUCACAACGUUAAACAAAACAAUACAAUCCUUCCUUGGAGGAAUCGUUGCAGCUGAAUACAUCCUGAAAUUGGUAGCUGUUGGAACCCACGAUUGGAACAAGUUCAUUGCACCAGAGGAAACUCAAAGGCUUCUAGAGUCCUGUGGCUGUAAGACCAAAUUGAUCCACGGUAUGUUCUACAAUCCAUUGAAGAAUGAGUGGUUCUGGACAGCUUCAACCUCGAUAAACUACGCGAUUCAUGCAGUCAAGAAAGAACAGACUAGUCAUUGAUAUUUAUUAGCUGCUACGACGAGAUUGUAAAUAUUAAAUUACAGGAGAAAAUGAUGUUUCGUUGAAUUUAUAAAAUAAAGAAAAGUGACAAAAAAAAUUUAAUGAAAUAAAAGGAGAAAAUGUCCUUGUGGAA